AUGGCCAACUACUCGCCAUAUGGAUCUACUCCGGCCCAGGAAUUCUUCUUCGACGAGAAGAAGUUUCCGAGCCCGUCGCCGACGCCAUCUCCCCGCGGCCCAGGUUACUACUUCGGCGCGACCCAGCAGCGACCUGCGACGCGAGCUCACUUCCGCAACGGAAGCACAAACACCAACGGCUUCAACUACAGCAGUCCCCGUGGCCCUUCGUUCUCGCCUCGUUACACGAGCGACGGCCAAUACGCCACUGCUAAUGUGAGUUCAUCGCGGUCAACGCGCAAGCCAAGUUUUUCGGGUCCGCGCCCCAGGCGCGAGCGUCGCAACUCAUAUUCCUACUAUCGGGCCUCAGACUCUCAUGGGGAAUCCGACGAGGACGAGUUUAUCGAGAUCAACGGCGUCACCUACGUGCUGCCUGCGCGAUCGAAGUCGAAGCGAUACAGGGAAUACUAUACUGUCAACGCUGGAGGGCACCCCACUGAUUACCACUACUAUGCACAGGGCGGUCCUUCUUACUUCGACAGAGACUCCGGGUACGCGUCGCCGCGCUAUGAGCCAGAGCGCAAACCCGUCGUCGGACACUCGCGGCGCAACUCCACGUCUGUGCCGCUUCAGCGGCCUCAGACGGCCCGUCCCGCCAGUGCCAGCGCGCACAGGAAGCCGCCUCCGCCUCCGGUCGCACGCCAAGCAACCGAGCAGGACGCCAAGGACAAUGGAAUCCCGCCAGGAUACUCUUUGAAGAACUGGGACCCCGCCGAGGAACCCAUCAUGCUCCUCGGCAGUGUCUUUGACUCCAACUCCCUGGGCAAGUGGAUAUAUGACUGGACCGUCUACCAUCAUGGACCUGCCACUCCCAUCUCGGACAUGGCUGGCGAGCUUUGGCUUCUCCUGAUCCAGCUGGCCGGAAAGAUCAAGCGCUCCGAGGAGAUCAUUCGUGACAUACGAUCUAAGGACAACCGGGAGAUGGUUGAUGAAUUCAUCCAGGCUGGCGAGCGCAUCACCGACAAGCUCCAAAAGCUGCUCAAGACUUGUGAACAGCCCAUGCUUCGGUCAACUGCCAAGAGCCGCAAGGACUCCCAGUUGGGCAAAAAUGCCGGUGUCGAGUUCGUCGAGACUCUGUUCGGCCGCGAGCGCGAGCUCGAGAAGACUGAGCGCUUCAUGGCCUCUGUCCGUCUUUGGAACUUGCGUUUUGACACCAACUGCGAGGAGAUCCUGAGGAACCCGACCAUGUAA